GCUUUGGUUGAAGAGUUUUGGGUUCAUUUCGCGCCUGCGCACAAUUCUCCGUUCUACAAGUCGAAGCGUGUGGAGUUUUUUUUAGUUACGUUUCCGUGAGCUAGCCGCAGGAGGAGAAGAAGAAAGACUUUAUCCGGUUCCUAUUCCAGCUUACAUCCAGGCGUUGGUGAUGGAUCCGCGGAAAGUAGCCGAGCUGAAGGGCUUCGUCCAGCUGUGUCAGGACAAUCCAGGUGUGCUGCACCUGCCCGAGAUGGAGUUCUUCAGAACCUGGCUGCAUGGAUUGGGAGCGACUAUUCCACCACUGCCUACAAAAUCAGGCUGCAAGGGAAGCUGUCCGUGUGAUGCAGCCCCACCUCCAAAAACAGCCCCGCCCCCUCAGGCAGAGCCAGCCCCGCCCUCCGAGAGUGAGGAGAGUGAAUUAGAGAUCGACAACGAUGGAGUGAUUGAACCGGACCUGGACGAGGUUCAGGACAUGGGCGACUAUGAGAACCUGGAGGUGACUGAGGAGAUGAUGGACCAGGCCAAUGAGAAGAAGAUUGAGGCCAUUGAUGCACUGGGAGAGGGAGAACUGCAGAAAGCUCUGGAUCUGUUCACUGAAGCCAUCAAACUGAAUCCACGAUCAGCUAUACUCUAUGCUAAGAGAGCCAGUGUGUAUAUCAAGAUGCAGAAGCCCAACGCUGCGAUCCGAGACUGUGACAGAGCGAUAGAUAUAAACCCAGAUUCAGCACAGCCGUAUAAGUGGAGAGGGAAAGCUCACAGGUUACUCGGUCACUGGGAGGAAGCAGCUAAAGAUUUGGCCACAGCCUGCAAACUGGACUAUGAUGAUGAUGCCAGUGCCAUGCUGAAGGAGGUUCAGCCCAAAGCCAACAAGAUCCAGGAGCACCGGCGUAAAUACGAGCGCAAACGAGAGGAGAGAGAGAUCAGAGAGAGACAGGAACGAGUGAAGAAAGCCAGGGAGGAGCACGAGAGAGCACAGAGGGAGCAGGAAGCCAGGCAGCAGGCAGGAGGAGCACAAGGAGGCUUCCCAGGUGCCGGAGGUUUUCCAGGCGGCGCUCCGUUUGGAAUGCCAGGCCUGCAGGAGCUCUUUAACGACCCCGAGGUGCUCAUGGCCAUGAAGGACCCUGAAGUGAUGGCUGCCUUCCAGGAUGUGGCUCAGAAUCCAGCCAACAUCUCCAAGUACCAGAGCAACCCUAAGAUCAUGGCCCUCAUCAACAAACUGAGCUCCAAAUUCAGUGGCCCUCAGGCCUAGGCAGCUGAACGAAGUGUGUUUAAUGAUGAGGUCAGUGCUCUGAAAUAGCACUUUCUCUCUCGCUUUUAUGAGUUAUUUCUUCCUCUGCGCUAACACGUGAAGAUUGGAUAGAGAUCAGGAUUCAUGUGCAGUAAAUGCUGUUUAAUUCACACAUUAGUUUCUGGGGCUAUUUAAGAGCAUUGAAACACCGACAUGAAGUUAGGAUUAGGGAACAGCUGUGUAAACCUUAAAAGGGGUGUGGUCUCAUGAAUCAGAACUGGGCUGUGAUUGGUGUUUGAAAUGGUCCAGUUACUGCCUCCGUUACUGAACCUGAAUUGAUUUGGACUGAUUAAAAGUCUGGCCUUUUUCUCACCCCGAGUCUACUACCAAUCUACUUCUUACUGCACUUAAACCCAGACUGAGCUGGAGAACAUUUUAAGAGCUAAAACUGAUCAUCAUUCCAUCCAGUCAGGUCUUAACUAAAAUUUUAUGAGAUGAUUUCUUUUCUGUCCUAUUCUAUCAAAAAAAAACUAAACAAAAACAAAAAAAGAAAUAAAUAUAAAACAAUAAAAUCAGAUGGAAAAGUUUAGGUUUUUUUCCCCCUUGAUCCAGGAGUGUUUCUCUCUGAUGGCUCUGAAACAUUUCAAUCAAUAAAGGUUUUGGUUGUUGCA